UUUUUUUUUUUAGUUUUAUCAAGUUACCUAUGAACUCUGAGGCACCAGUGAAUACUGGACAUGCUUUUGCAAACGCAGCAGAAGAUCACGAAGAAAGAGAAGACUGGUUAAAAGCAGCAGAGGCACACUCAAAGGCAGCUGAGCAAUUUGAGAUAGCUCUUAAAGAUGCUACUGAUGCUGAGGCCACCCGAACAUUGCGACUACUGUCAUCCAAUCACACUCGAAAGGCAAACGAGUUGAACCGUAAAGCACAAAGAUUGAUAAAAAACACAGAUCAGAAUCAAAAGACAACACAAAGCAAACAACUCAAAAAGACAGGCUCAUCUUUAAUAUCAAGACUGUCUGGCAAUGAAGAAGCAGUAGGGCGUCGUAUAAGUGAAAUAGGUGAAUCCUAUGCUUUGUUAUCAAAUGAAGAUCAAGAGGAUGACCCUUUUAAUAAGUUUUUAGGAGCAGUAGACGGGUUAGUGGAUCAGCUAUUUAAUCCUGCCAUUGCAUUCACUUCAGCUCCAUUAGACGAAAAUGAUAACCCUAUUUCUUCCAUUAUAUCAAAAGAGGAUACAACAAAAAGCAUGGUUGACUCUUAUUACCUUGUACCUAAUCCAAAUAGUUUGAAACAACAAGAAAUACCAUUCACAGACGAAGCAGAGGCCACUCAAGAGGAGUCAGAAAAUGAAAAGUUAAAGAAACAAGUCGCACAGCUGACAAAGCGAUUGAAAAUGCUUGAAAUGUUUGCGGAAGAAAAUAAUACGCUGAAGAGCAGCGUACUUCAAUUUAGAAAUGAUGUUCAUAAGCAGGCGAAAAGAAUCAUGCAAUCCUAUCAUGAAUCAGCCAUGCGAUCAUCUGCUGCUGCUUUACUUGGUGGAGGUAGUAGUAGUAGUCGCUAUUCAGCCAUGCAGAGCACAAAUACUGCUCCUUCUUCACCUGAAUUAGUAUCACGCCUUAAAAAACUAGAAGAAGAAAACAAACAGUUACGAAUUCAAAAUGAGAAACAAAAAGUGCUUAUGAAUCGAUAUAAGGAAAGAUGGGAAAUGUUAAAAGAAAACGCCAAAAAAAGAAGAGCAGUUCCUACGAGUUCAACGUCAAUGGCUGAAGAAAACACACAUGAUUUGCCUUCUAUACUUUGAAAUAAAUUAUUCAGUUAAAAAAAAAAGCAAA